UUGUGUGCAAGGCAGCUGCAGGAUCUGCUCCACAUUUGAAUGUAUAAGGAAUUGGAAGGGACCAUUUCCAUGGGCCAUCUGUUACACAGACUGCAGCGCUGACAAAGGUUCCCAGGAUGGUUUUAGUGCAUGUUGGAUAUCUGGUUCUUCCUGUUUUUGGCUCUGUAAGAAACAGAGGUGCCCAUUUUAACAGGCAUCAGCACAGCCAUGCUACCUCCUGUCGGCACUUCCACCUGGGCCCCCAGCCUCAGAUGCAGACAGAGUUUACCCACCCUCACCCUGGGCAGACCCAGACGGGCAUGAACCCACACCUGUCGUCUGCUCACCAGCAUGCUACACAGCUCCAUCAGCCCUUGACACCCCUGACAGCUCCGCAGUUCCAAGACGUACCGGGACCCCCUUUCCUACCUCAGGCCUUACACCAGCAAUACCUCAUCCAGCAGCAGCUACUGGAGGCCCAGCACAGGAGGAUCCUUCCACACCCCAGGCGGAUUCAGGACCGAGUGCCCAUUCACCUACACAGGCUGCGCUCCGGCUACGACUACCCCCCCAACCUGCAUGUUCCCCAGCCAAUGGGGCAGCAGCCAAGGUACCUGGCGGAAGGCACUGAUUGGGACCUCAGUGUGGAUGCAGGAUUGUCUCACCCUCAGUAUCAAGUCAGGCAACUUCCCCAACACUAUCAGCAUUACUUGGCCACUCCCAGAAUGCACCACUUUCCAAGAAACACUUCAUCAGCACAAGUGGUUGUUCAUGAAAUCAGGAAUUAUCCCUAUCCACAACUGCACCUGCUAGCCCUGCAAGGACUCAACCCUACAAGACAUGCUUCAGCAGUGAGGGAAAGUUAUGAGGAGCUGUUGCAGCUAGAAGACAGGCUGGGAAGUGUGAACCGGGGAGCGGUCCAGACCACUAUCGAGAGAUAUACCUUCCCACACAAAUAUAAGAAGAGAAAACCGCAUGAAUUGAAAUUAGCCAUGUAUGAAGAGGAGGAGUCAGACAUGGAUGAGAAAUGCACAAUCUGUCUUUCCAUGCUGGAAGAUGGAGAGGACGUCAGGAGGUUACCUUGUAUGCAUCUCUUCCAUCAAGGCUGUGUGGACCAAUGGCUGGCCACCAGUAGGAAGUGCCCUAUUUGCCGAGUGGACAUUGAAACUCAGUUGACGCCUGACAGCUGAUGCUUCCCUCCCUCCUGUCCGGAUCUCCUGCCAUUCCCUGGUUCCUCAGGCACGUUGCCAAAUGUUUCAAAGUCUUCACCACUUUCAACCUUGCCUUCUGAGCCAAGAGAGAAGACGACUUGACAAGCACACUCAAACUAAUCAAAAGGCGGGAGGGCAGGAUCUAGGUAGCAGCGCUGGGGCCUCGCUUAUCUCGGGAGCUGGUUUUCCCAGAUAACACGAGAAGCACAGCACUAUAUUUAUUAAAGCCAUUUCAUAAAGAAGGUACUAAAAUUCAUAGCAUGCAGUCCUUAACCUGUUAAGGAUUUGUACAUAUACCUCUACAUUGCCUGGGGUAUUAUUUGUUUGCCUAAUGCAUAUUGGUAGCUGUAUGGAAAGUGGCUUGCAUUUUAGCCCCCUGACAAACUGCAUUAGGGGCCUCUAUCACAUUUAGUAUGACUACUUCCUGAAAUAUUGUAUUAGCUUAAGUCUAGUGGUGUUAAGGGUUGUCUGUAGUCUUCUUGUGAGCACAGGUAUUUUUUAUACCAGAACUGCUUCAAUGCAACUGUUACUUGGCACAUCAAGGCAUCUUACUGAAGGAUGGAUGCCUCUGCACUGAAGGAUAAGAACAAACCUCAAGGGCGUUUGUUUCGGGGGGUGUUUGUUUUUUGUGGUGUUGGGUGGGGGGCUUUGGUGCCCUGUACAAUGCAGAAUAUACAAGUUAAUACAUAUUCCUGCUGAACAGAAAGAAAAUCUCUUCCCAAGUCGGUGUGUGGAGACCCACAGCCGGCCUACAGUAUCGGCCUACUCCCUCCUUACCACAGUUAACAACAGUGCAUCUUCGCACUGUAGGCGCACCAUAAUAAAAAUGCAUGUUUAAAUGUUGGCUUAGGUUUUGUUAGUAUGUGACAAGGAUGGGUGUCUGUGCAUGAAAUUGUUAUCCGAGAAGUGAUUUUUGUGGGGGAACAGAAAUGGAAAUGGCAUUACUGACACAGGGUAUCCUGUCUACAUCUUGUCAUUGUAUUGGCUGCUGGUGGAUCCUAUUUAGAUGUAUACCUUAAAUGCCUAAAGAACAAGCACAUUUCAUAUGACAGAGCAACAAGCUCUUCUUCAUUUUCUUUUUAUUCUUUAUGACUGCAAAAACCAUCCAGUGUUUGGAGAGAAUGAUAAGCUACUGUGUGUAAACUCUUGUAUUUUGGUGUAUCAGAUCUCCCCCACGUGGUUGCUAUGCUGUGUUGCUAGACCAACGCUGUAGAAUAUUCUACGACAGUUGCAGUAUCCCUGUUAUAUUUCGGGUUUAUCAAUAUCAAAGGGCAUGAUAUAGCUAGGGGAAAAAUAAGCCAUUCUUUUGAAAACCAAACAUCUAUCUAUCUAUCUAUCUAUCUAUCUAUCUAUCUGUCUAUCUAUCUAUCUAUCUAUCUAUCUAUCUAUCUAUCUAUCUGUCUAUCUAUCUGUCUAAAAAGCAAUUGAAAUUUGCUGCAAUGAAAGUGCAUUAAAUUAAGACACAAGACUGUUUGUUUUGUAACAUCCAAUGUAUUGCAGUUCUACUGAAUUAAAACUACAGUGGUGAGAUUAUAGUGCUAGGACAUGUAGGUAUAGAACAGUACAGUGCAGUUACACAGUCUAAAUGCACUCCAUACCAAUCUGACCCAACUGCAGUUGUUAUAUAUGGGUAUGUACCUAUCUAUGCAUGUGUUUAUCUUUCUGUUUGUUCAAUCAUAAUUUGCCCCAUUGCUGCUAGGUAGCGCUGGGUUUCAAUAUAAUUUUUUUUUUUCAUACUGAGCAUUCUUGGGCGUUCUGCUGGCAGUGCCCAUGUAUCUCCCCACCAGCAUGACAGCCCAGAGCAGCUAGCUAGAAUUCUCAUAGUCAUUGUUUGAAAGAGAAGUUCUAUAGCAUACUGUGCAAUAGUACUGCCAAAAUUGUUGUAAAAACGUAAUCACCUUUUAGCAAAGUGGUCUUUUUUUUUUGUACCAGUACUUUUUUAGUUUCUUGCUGCCACAGAUCCCAGGUGUACAGAGAGCUUGGAAUUGGAAUAAGAGUUCUAUUGAUUCAUUGUUGAACAUAUUGGAAUUUUCCCCAGUGCAUUUGUAGAGUAGAACGAUUAGAGCCUGCUAGCAAGUUACAGCCUCAGAGCAAGCAUGUAUUAUGAGAAUAAAUGGUGUCCUAGUGCUCAUGGCUUCACUGUCUAAAGAAAUGGGGAUACUGCAUUCUGCUUCCGUGGAGUGUUCUAUGAGAUUUUUUGAUAGUUUACAGGGUGUUGUGAGUUGAAAUGCCUUAAGUAUUUAACAAUCAUAAUUUAUUACUAACUGUAGAUAUUGUGGGUACGAAUUACAUUUUUUAUAGUUUUUUUUUUUUGUUUGUUGCUAUUUUAAUUAUAAUUUAUUUAUUUAGAAAUAACACAAAAUGUAAAAAAAAUAUUACCUCAUUUUACAUUGUUUUAUGGGAAUGCUUUGCAUGCGGUGGUAUUUUACAGAAAAACAAAAAAGCAAAAAAAAAAAAAAAGAAUCCACUUUUCUUUUCAAUUUAAGAGAUCAGGGUGUGUGAUUCAGACGUGUAGUACUGUGGUGCUGUUAAUCUUGGAUACAUUCCAUUAAAAUGCAAUUUCAUUAAUUCCGUAUGCUGUGAUCUAGUGGACAAACUGCAAUAUAGUGGAGAUGGUUUAGUAUGUAUUCUUUUGUUUUUGCACUCUUAGUUAAUACUGGCUACCCGUCCACUGGCAUUUUGUAAGUAGUUUUCCUUUGAACUGUGUUUUUUUGCCAUCUUUUGAAAUACAUCUUUUGAACCAGUUCUACCAUUACCUAUUUAAAUCUCUUGUUAAACAGAUAAAACAUUUUACUUUUCAUAAGUUAACAGCUCCAAGUGCCUCUUUAUUUUAGUGGCAAAUAAGCUUUUACAUUUAUAGUUACCUUAACUGCAGCUUUGGAUUCUACUAUCCCAAUGGUUUAUUCUUCUGGUUCAAAGUUGUAAUUUCUCUAAAUGCAUUGUAAUUCAUUAAGUAAAGGACAACUUGCUUAUCAUGUUUAAGAGAAUUAUAUAAAAAAUGAAUAUGAAAGAUAUUGCCUUUGCAUCUUUCUAUUUUUUUGUUAUUUAAGUUCAUAAAACAGGACUGGCAUAAAUUCAGCUUUAUACAUUUGCCUGCCUUCUUUUUGUGCAAUCCAAUUUAGGUACUGUAUCCAAGAUUACAAUACACAUUUUCACAUGUACUCAAUCCCUCCAAUGUAGUAUUAUUGUAUUCCCCCCACACACAGUUAUUAUAAAUCUGAAACCUGGUGCAGGUCUGCAAUGUUAGGCAAUUUGACAUGCAAACCAGCUGACUCCAGGUAACAUGCAGUACAGUGGUAUUUUGUAGUAAUUUUCAUAGGUUUGGGGGAUAUAUUUCUACCUUGCUUAUAAUGUUUGCUCUUGUUUCAUCAGAUGACCUAUUUACUAAUCUGUGAAUGCUAGGUCCAUCCUUAGGCCACGGAGACACAAAGUAGCCGAGAGACAGAAUGUGCGCACAAACAGGACAUAUCUUAGGCACAGUCUUCGAAGGGUCGCUUGUUUGACUACACCAGGAAAUCUUAAAUUGCUCCCAAAAACAACGCUUUAGAAAGCACCAUAUUCUUUCAGCUGAUGAUUUAAAGGUAUCAUUUCCAAUUACAUGUCCUCCUAUAGCUAAUUCUGUUUUACCGUGCACCCAGUAUGUACAGCUUGGUAGAAUUGAGUCCUGAUCACUAACCAUUCACACUGCCACUUACCCCUUCCAGAUACUGAAUAAUGCCUUUCACUGCCUUUGUAUCCACUAUGUUAGAUUUCCAGCCACAGUAGUAAAAAUGGAAAACAAGAACUGACUUCUGUUUUUUUUCCUCAGGUCUGAAUAUAUACAUUCUAAAACAGCAAAUAUAUAUUGCAGAUUCAUGUUUUAAAUAACAAAUGCUGGCUUGGUGCUGCUCAUUGUAAAAUGGUGUGUUCCUCUACAAUGCCAGUGGAAAGGUUGCCCCAUUUUAUUUUUCUUUGUACAAGCAACUGCUGUUUUGCUGGAACCGCGCAAUGUUUUACUACAUAGAAUAUUUUAUAGAAGAAAAAAAUUGAAAUAUUUAUCAUUAAUAUUAAAGCAAUAGCGGAUUAAUGAUGAUGAAGAAGAACUAGAAAAGUGUGUCAUGUGUGAAAUCCUAGAUUCACUUUUGGUGGAUUUUGUACUUUAUUUAUUACUAAUAAUAAUAAUAAUAAUAAAAAUAUAGUAAUGAUUGCAUCGCUAAA